GCUCUGUCAUUAAAACAGUCAUAACAAUGUCACUUUGGUGAUCUGAAAAAUAAAUCUUGGAAUUUUUAAAGGACCCGUCCCAGUGAUAUCUGAAUUUCAAUCACGCAAUCACUAUCAGAAGACGAAAAACAAAUUCUUCAAUUUCAAUGUAAAGUUAAGUUGAAUUCCAAAAGUUGUAAGCCGAAUUAAUAGCAUCGAAUGCCAUUCUCACUGUGGGCGUUUAUUCAUUAGUUCCGAAGCAAAUCAGUUUCUCCACUACUCAAUAAAUCCUGCUAUUGAUCAUGGCUGGUAUCAAGUACAUUCUACAGAAGGAAGUGUUCGAUUCACCUGACGAGAAAAUUUUGUCGGUUUGCAAUGUCACCAAACUGAUCAAAAAGAAGAAAAGUUCCUAUCUGUGCAUCGUAGCCACGACAAAGCCACAAUUGGUUGUUAAUAUUGUGCAAGUGAAACAGCAGGACAAAACAUACAAACGGAAACGAACGUGGAUGCUGGAUGAGGUGAAAUCGAUUGAUGGCAAAAGCGAGUCCGCGGAGAGUCACGAAUUCGACAUUGUGCUAGAGAAACAGUACAAAUGGUUUACGGCUAAUUUGCAUGAGCGACAAAAUUUCAUUGCCGUUCUGUACAAGCAAAUCAAUCGGCAUGUUAAAGGCGAAAAGGCCGUCUUCAAAAAUGUUCCCAGGUCGUGGCUAUCGGACAGUUCGCCGGAGAAAUCGAUCAAAGGGGACAGUAAGAAUGAUGCCAACGAAAAUUCAGAGGAAUCGGACAGUUAUGAGGAUUUUCAUGCAUUAACGGACAAGGAGGAAUCGGAUUUGAGUAAAUUGAUAUCGGAAUGUGAUUUUGCUAUAAGCAAUGCCGAACUGUUUAUGGAACAGCUGAGCAAAAAUCUUCAAGAUUUGGAUGGGGCAAAUAUCAGCACGAUUCUGGCGUCGGAGAAGCAGGUGGACGCUCUAAUGGAACAAAUUGAAACAGCGAUAAAUGAAGCAGAAUCGGUUGAACGACGAUUGGAUGAAUACGAUGAGAUAUUGUGUCAUACAAGGGACACCAUGGAGAAAAUGGGCGAGAAGAACAUGAUGAUUGAGAUAGCCAAUAACAACAACAUAAAGCUGCUGCAUGAGUUGGAAAAGGUCAUAACUCAAUUGGACUUACCACACGUUCAUCAAGUUGCGUUGACCGAUACGGAUCUCACCACAGCAGUCGGAUUAGCAGCAGCAAAAGCAGCCGGUAAAGCUUUGCAAAAUGCCAUGAAUUCUGACAUCGAUACGGCUCUGCUACGUUUGACUGCCGUUCAGGAUCAGAGAAAACGAUUCGAAAAAUGGAAGGCAAAAUUUUCGCAAACAAUCAGCCGUCAUUUGAACAACAUGUUCAUUCACCUGGGCAACGAUUUGAAUGAGGCGCAACUGCAUGCUCCGGCACAUGAAAUUUCGUUGUCCAAGCACAGCACCGUUCACAAGGAACUAUCGACGUAUGCCGAGCUGAUGCACUGGACCAAAAUUAUGGAUCGCAAAGCGUACGACGGCCUGACAAAAGUUUACACUUCGUCGAUGGGGAAAGUGUAUGACCGGGAGAUGAGACAUUUUUUCGAGCAGGCUCGGCAAAUGAUUGCGACAAACAAAGAUGAGAUGAGCACCUCAAUGUCAAGCAAAUUUAAGACACAACCCAAUACGAAACAAGUGGCUCAACCAUACGGUCUGUUGGGCAUCAAUCGGGAAUUAUGGUCGAAUGGUGUUGAAGCGAGUGAACGGCAGAAGUUUGAUUCGAUACUGGAAAGAGUACUGGCUGAACUGGAACCUGUUGCACUCAGUGAACAAAUGUUUUGCAUCGGAUUCUUCCAGUUGGAUGUAUUAAGUCCAACUGGUAAGAAUACACAAACUACAUUGGAUUCUGUAGCAGCUGAUGUCGGGAAGGACGAAAAGGAUACGGCAUUGGGAGCGGCAAUAGUCGUACCACAGAAAAGAAUCGAUCGUCAGAUCAAUGAGGAAGUGCGACGGAUGAUGAUUUCGUUGUUUGGCGUCUUAGAGCCGGAGCUAAACAAUUUCAUCGUCAGCUUUGAAAAGUUGGACAGUUUCUACUCCAUGUACGUGCUGGUUCGUUUAACACAACACGUUAUGUCCGCCCAAGACGCACAAUCAUUCCUCAGCAUGACCUUCGCUUCAUCCUUGGUCCAAGUCAAACGUAAUUUUGACAAAUUCAUGCAAAUGCAGGUGCAAUCGAUCAAGGAAUCGAAAAUACCGAAACGAUCCAAGUGUGGCCUCCUUCCGUAUGUCGAAAAUUUCGAAGAAUUUUCCACCACCGCCGAAAGCAUAUUCCGUAAAGCGCAACGCCGCAACGACUUAGACAAAUGGUACAUCCAAUUGGUUGGCAUAAUUUUCGAGCAAAUAUCGGUGCACGCCAACGAUCAUCCGAAAACGCCGCAACAAGUGGUCAAAAUGGAAAACUUCCAUCGAAUGCACUCUCUGCUGGCUCAGUUGAAAGUAGCCGUGUUGGACAAUUUGAAGAAAGACGCCAAGUCUCGGUACAAUGAUGCACUACGAGCGUAUGUGAUAAAGUAUUUCGGACGGCCGCUGGAGAAAUUGAAUCUAUUCUUCGAAGGUGUUCAACAGAAGGUGUCGCAAGGUGUAAAGGAAACGGAAAUCAGUUAUCAAAUGGCGUAUUCCAAACAAGAACUGCGCAAAGUUAUCAGCCAGUAUCCGGCUAGAGAGGUGAAGAAGGGACUGGAGAGUCUGUACAAAAAAGUGGAAAAACAUUUGUGCGAUGAAGAGAAUCUGUUACAAGUGGUUUGGCGAGCUAUGCAGGAAGAGUUCAUCGUUCAAUACAAUUUCCUCGAGGAAAGAAUUCAACGAUGUUACGCUGGCGCAAUGAUCAACCUGGACUUCAGUAUAGAAGACAUUUUGAACUUCUUUUCGGAAAUAGCCAGAUCGCACUAGGUCGAUCUGCUUCUCAAUUUUAUUUUUAGAGAUAUUAUGUACAGACACAAUUGGUUAAUAUAUUUUGUAGUUAAUGGCUAUAACA